CUUUGAGUAUUUCUGUGGCCGGCAAUUAGUUUUUAUCAAUAAAUGAAAAAUUAAAAAAAAUACUUACAAAUUUUUAACACUCGUUACUAGUAAUAAAAACAAUUAAAACUUAUAUGAAAAUGUACUUUCGAGUACAAUUGCUCAUCUUAGUGAGUAUAGCAGUAAGUAAUGCCAACAUUCUCCAAGGCACUGUGGAUAUCAAUCGCCUUCAAACCAUACUUAAAGACAACUUAAAGAGCAAAGAUGUGGGCACCCUGUAUUAUGCUGUUCGAGGAUUGAAACAGUUGAAAGCUGAUGUCCCAAACAUUUGUGAGGACCUCAAAACGAUAAAGUAUGAUGUCAAGAACUUAGAGCAAGUAUUUUACCUCACAAACUUGGCCCUUCUUACAAACUGUCAGAAUUCUCUCAAGCCUGAAGUAUUGGCGACUCCAACCCAAGCACUAGACAAAAAGGAUGUCACCAUACAGGAAUUGUACUUAGCUGUGUAUACACUAAAAGCUCUCGGUAAAGGAACUAUUUAUGAUAAAGAAGAUGCUUUAAAAAAUCUUAUUCAGCUUCUGAAAAAGGAUGACACACCUGCCAAUUACGGUUAUGUAUUUGCAUUAUGUGAGCACAUGGGCUGUGGUCUAUGGACAACUUCGCAUGCUGAAGGAGUUAUACUUGCUGCUGAUGAGACAGACUCUCGUGCCUUACAUUUUGAAGGAGGCCUACCUGUCACAUCACAACUUUUGACUACAAUAACCAGGACAUACAAAGCCCAAAAGAAGCCGACGCCAUUCACGGAGGAGCAACGGUACAAGUUCGCCGAGUACCUGUUGUCGCGUCGGUCUGUCAACACCGCCAAGGGCGUGACGCUCCUCCUGGAGGCAGCCACUGCCAUUGCGGACGAUGAACCCACACCGAUCAGCAUUGCGGUCAAAGGCAAGAAGUAUGUGACCUCUGAAUCUGACAGCAUCGAGUUCACCAUCACCGACCUCAUCGGCAGGCCGGUCCGCAACCUCAAACCUGAAGAAGUAAUCGCGCAGUCCGGCACCAGGCUCGCCGACGACGUCGUUGUGCUAUCCAAACAGCCUUUAACCCAGAAACCUAAUGAACCGACUUUCGUCCUUAAUCUAAACAAGAUUAAGUCACAAUAUGGCGUGUACAAGAUCGCUUUAAGUGCCGGGACGAAGACGACCAGCGUGAACGUGGCCGUGCUGGGAGAGAUCCAGGUCGCCAAUGUCGAGGUCGGCGUCGGCGACGUGGACGGCACCACCAGCCCUAAGAUUACAACCAUCACUUACCCGAAUAAACUGGUGGAUAAGUUGCUGGCUGAUCAUAUGCAGAAAGUGAGCCUGAAGUUUACGGUUCGCGACAAAUGGAACAAGCCCGUUUUAGUUCAACAAGCUUUUGUAAGGGUUGCCAGCACAGAGACUGACGAUGAAACUAUCUUCGUUGCAGAACCUGACAACACUAAAGCGUAUAAAGUUGAAUUGAACAUCGGCAGCAUAGCGAAACACCUCAACUACGCGUCGGGCUCGUACUCCCUGAGCGUGUACGUAGGAGACAGCGCCGUGUCCAGCCCCGUAGCCUGGCUGCUGGGAGACGUCUCCUUCAACUUCGGCAAGGACGCCAAUGCUGUUGGGGUGGCGCGGGCGACGGGUGCAGCGGGGGGGCGGCUGCCGGAGCUGGCACACACGUUCCGCGCGGCGGAGGCGCGGCCGGCGCGCGCGCUGUCGGACGUGUGCAGCGCGCUGUGCGCGGCGCCGCUGCUGGUGCUGCUGCUGCUGUGGGCGCGGAUCGGCAUCAACUUGCGAAACUUCCCCCUCGUGCCCAGCGCGCUUAUAUUCCAUCUAGCCCUUGGAGCAUCUCUCGGGCUGUACGUCGUGCUGUGGCUCCAGCUGACAAUGUUCGAAGCCAUCCGCUACCUGCUGCCCCUGGGCGCCGUCACCUUCCUCUCCGGACAUCGCCUGCUGCAACGUCUCGUGAAAGACAAAACCUCCAAAUAAUUAUAAAAAAAAAGAGACUUGUACACAUAAAGUUAUUGUGUAAUUACAUGUGUAAUUUAGUAAUAAAAUAAUUGCAAUAUCCAACAAAUUAAAAAUUCAAUAAUUUAUACUUUACAUUUUUUACAAUUGAAUAUGCAAUUUCGAAAA